AUGGCGUUCCCUGUGGGAUUUGGAUGGGGGGCAGCUACUGCAGCCUAUCAAGUGGAAGGAGGUUGGGAUGCAGAUGGAAGAGGCCCUUGUGUCUGGGACACAUUCACCCAUCAGGGAGGAGACAGAGUUUUCAAGAACCAGACUGGUGAUGUAGCUUGUGGCAGCUACACUCUGUGGGAGGAAGAUUUGAAAUGUAUCAAACAGCUUGGAUUGACUCAUUACCGCUUCUCUCUUUCCUGGUCACGUCUGUUACCUGAUGGGACGACAGGUUUCAUCAACCAGAAAGGAAUUGACUAUUACAACAAGAUCAUUGAUGACUUGUUAGCAAAUGGAGUCAAACCCAUAGUGGCCAUCUAUCAUUUUGAUUUGCCUCAAGCUUUAGAAGACCAAGGAGGUUGGUUGUCAGAAGCAAUCAUUGAAGUCUUUGACAAAUAUUCUCAGUUUUGCUUCAGUACCUUUGGGGAUCGAGUCAAGCAGUGGAUCACCAUAAAUGAGCCUAAUACUCUUGCUACGAUGGCAUAUGACUUUGGUAUCUUUGCUCCUGGUGUACCCCACAUUGGGACUGGAGGUUAUCAGGCAGCUCAUAAUAUGAUUAAGGCUCAUGCCAAGUCCUGGCACAGUUAUGAUUCCUUAUUCCGAAAGGAACAGAAAGGUAUGGUAUCCUUAUCAUUGUUUGUUUGUUGGUUGGAACCAGCAGAUCCCAACUCAAAGCCUGAUCAGGAAGCUGCAAAAAGAGCCAUCAAUUUCCAGUUGGAUUUCUUUGCAAAACCCAUAUUCAUUGAUGGAGAUUAUCCCGAACUUGUCAAGUCCCAGAUUGCCUACAUGAGUAAGAAGCAAGGCUAUCCAUCAUCACGGCUUCCAGAAUUCACAGAAGAAGAGAAGAAAAUGAUCAAAGGCACUGCUGAUUUCUUUGCUGUGCAAUAUUAUACAUCUCGCUUAGUCAAGCACCAGGAGAGUAAUAAAGGAGAGCUAGGCUUCCUUCAGGAUGUUGGGAUUGAGUAUUUUCCAGAUCCAUCUUGGAAAGGUGUUGGUUGGAUCUAUGUGGUACCAUGGGGAAUACGUAAACUACUGAAAUAUAUUAAGGAUAUGUAUAAUAGUCCUGUAAUUUACAUCACCGAGAAUGGGUUUCCCCAGUGUGAUCCCCCAUCUCUUGAUGAUACUCAGCGCUGGGAGUAUUUCAGACAGACAUUUCAGGAACUGUUCAAAGCCAUCCAUGUUGACAAAGUCAAUCUUCAACUAUAUUGUGCGUGGUCUCUUCUGGAUAAUUUUGAGUGGAACAAUGGAUACAGCAGACGGUUUGGCCUUUUCCACGUGGAUUUUGAAGACCCUGCUAGACCCCGUGUCCCUUACAGGUCAGCCAAGGAGUAUGCUAAGAUCAUCAAAAGCAAUGGCCUAGAAGGACCUCUGUAGGGAAGGUGACUGGGAAAUGUCCCCUGGCAAAGAAGCUUCUGCUUCUGGAAAGAAAAUCUGCUUUGGUGAUGAUCUCUCAGACAACCUGAAGUUGCCUCUGUACCAAAUGAUCUUGUGAUUACAAAGUUUAACUAUGUAAAGCUAGGGAAUGUGUAUGUAUGGCCUCUACUCUAUUUGUAACUUCAUCAAUGAGGUUUUAAAAAAAGUGGAAUAGA